GCUCAUACAUCCCCCCUCCUCUCCCCCGUAACUAUUCCCCAGGUCGUUGCUGUAAAUGAGAAAAUGUUCUCAGUCAACUUAACUGGUAAAAUAAGGGUUAAAUGAAAUGGAGAAGAAUUCUCUACCAAAGGUCUUCAUUUCUUUUUAAAUAGCUAUUUACACUAUGUACCUGAACAAUGGAUUUCAAUUUGUUGAUCAAAGAUUUAUUUAGUUAAGGUUCUGUUCUGUAUUUAAAGCUAUGUUUUAAUGAGUUGAAAUUAAACCAAGCUUUCAUAUUUAUUUUCAAGUAUUAAUAAAAUAUAUUUUUUUGUACUUAAUGUUUCAUUUGUGAGCAUUUUCUAUCAGUUGUGGACUAGUCUCAAGAUGUCAUAGAGAUCCUAAUGGCGUUGCAUUUGCACUGAGCAAUGCUGUUACUGAUAACCUAAAGACAGAUAUCUGAGUGACAACUUCCAUCGGUGAUUAGGGGACACUGGGGGCAAUUGUAAAAGUGUAUUUUGCUCAGAGACCCCUUGAAGUAGGCCAGUUAUGUUUUUAUCAUAAGGGAAAGAGGCGGAUACCUAGUCAGUUGUACAACUGGAUGCCUUCAACUGAAAUGUGUCUUCCUCAUUUAACCCUCUGAAUCAGAGAGGUGCGGGGGGGCUGCCUUAAUCAACAUCCACGUCUUCGGCGCCCGGGGGAACAGUGGGUUAACUGCCUUGCUCUGGCUGCUUGGCUCAUGCUCAUUUUAACACUGCGUUACUUUUGUCCCCAACCCAGCAGCCAUGACAAUGUGCCUAGCAAGAGACUACAAGAGUGACAUGUCAGUAACCAUGUUUCUGUCACAUGGUGGAAAAGUGAUGGUUUCUUUUGGAUCUGGGUUGAGCAGGCUCAGUGGAGUUGAGACCAGAACAUUUAAUAGAUAUUUAAUAGUCAUGGUUCCAUUAGGUUUGGAAUGUACUGUUCCUCUUUCUAGUUACAGUGACUGUUCUCUGGCUCAGGAACACAUCUGAAACCAUUGCAAGUUAUUCAAACCACAAACAAACCGAAAACACAAGAACCAAAAAGGGGACACAGGAGGUAACGCAGCCCUGGGGGCCAGGUUUCUGAUUUUCAUUUAUUUAAAUCCAAAGUAUACAGUGCCAAUCAUUGUCAGGAUAGAAUGUACAAUGAACCUAUAGAUGAUGGUAGUCUGGGUUAUCUUCAUCACCUGCUGUAUAGACUUGAGGAAAUAGAUGGUGAAAGGGAAGGCUUAUGGCCAGGUUUAGGAUUUUCAACAAUUUGAUCCAAUUUGAUGAUUUUGAAAGAUAACCAAUUCAAUACUUUAAAAUGGGAGAAAUAAAAUAUUCAUUUGACAAAUGUAAAAAAAAAAAAAAAAACACUUUAGGCUACACACAAUGUAAACAGGUGAACAACUGCUCAUUUGAAUAACUUUUUGUUGAAUUCAUCAAAGUUCCUCAAAGCCUAUGGGAUGCAGGGUGAAGAUAUCAUAAUUUGUUAAGGUGAUCAUUUGUGUUAAAUACUAACUAAAUGUAAUAUGUCUCAUUGUUGAUACAGUCCACAGUUAUCUGGACAUUUCUUUGUGGGACUUUGGAACAGUUUGUACUCCAGCCUUUUCCUCUUGAAAAGAAACUCUCUUUCCCCACCUAGUGGUAUAGUUGGGUAAUAAACCCUAUUUCAUUGUGCAAUUCAGGUUCCAUGCCGUUUUCUCAAUAUUUGAGAAGUUAUUUUGAUUAUAUAGUUGAUGAUCAUGGUGACGAUGAUGAAUAGAAUGAUACAAUGAAGAGGAUGACGAUGAUCAUUUUAUCCAUAGGAUAAUAACACAUAGAAUUAAUGCAAAGUAAUGCACAGAAUUUGGCCUUCAGUGACCCAUACAUUUUUUUUGGGGGGGGGGGGGUUUCCCACCUUGUGAAUGUUUUAGUGUAUAUACCUCACCCCAUCCCCUCUGAGGAUGUUGACUGACUCCAGCACUUCCUGGUUCUGUCAGCAGCUGUGCUGUUCUCUGCAGUGAUAGGUCCAUCUGACAUGAAUGUGUGUCAGAUGGCCAGUGACAAUACCACUACUACUACUGCUGCAACUGCGGCUGCCUCCCUCUGCACUGCUCUCAAUUAUCUGAGUGAGAGAAAGAGAGAGAGAGAGAGAGAGAGAGAGAGAGAGAGAGAGAGAGAGAGGGGAAAAGGAGGGCAGGCCAAAUAAAGCCAUAGGUGCUUGUGCUGCUGGGAGAGGAGUGCCUGUUAGCAUGCUAUAAAUACUUGAUGCAUCUGGAGGUUCAGGGUUGGCUACUGUCUGGGUCUCAGCAGACCAGAUCACAGGCUAUGUUGAUCUAGUGAUUUAUAGAAUUACUGAUUUAUUGGACUGGGACAGGGAUUGGACCAUCCCGGAGGUGACAGGCCAUCAUGCCCAGGAUAGACGUGGAUGUGAAGCUGGACUUUAAAGAUGUCCUGUUCAGACCCAAGAGAAGCAGCCUGAAGAGCAGGUCAGAGGUGGACCUACGGAGGACGUUCACGUUCCGUAAUUCCAAGCAGAGUUACCAUGGCAUCCCCAUCAUCGCUGCCAACAUGGACACCACGGGCACCUUUGAGAUGGCACAGGUCCUCAGCAAGCAAACUCUCUUCACCGCCAUGCAGAAGCACUACACUGUGGAGGAGUGGAAGGCUUUUGCAGCCAAGUUUCCAGAAUGUUUGGAGCACCUCCAUCCUUCCAACCCUGGUUGUUCUCUCACACUGCUGCCCCGUCCCCCUCAGCACGUAGCGGUCAGCUCAGGCAGCGGUCAAGCCGACCUGGAGAAGCUGUGCAGCGUCCUGGAGACCGUCUCUGACAUCAGAUUCAUCUGUCUGGACGUGGCCAACGGCUACUCUGAACACUUUGUGGAGUUUGUCAAAACCGUCAGGGGGAGGUUUCCCCAACACACUAUCAUGGCUGGCAACGUGGUGACUGGAGAGAUGGUGGAGGAGCUGAUCCUGGCAGGAGCUGACAUCAUUAAAGUGGGUAUUGGGCCAGGUUCUGUGUGUACGACGCGUAUUAAGACGGGAGUGGGAUACCCCCAGCUCAGUGCUGUCAUCGAGUGUGCAGACUCCGCCCACGGCCUGAAGGGUCACAUCAUCUCAGAUGGCGGCUGCAGCUGUCCUGGCGAUGUGGCUAAGGCAUUUGGCGCUGGAGCUGAUUUUGUGAUGCUGGGGGGCAUGCUGGCUGGCCACGACCAGUGUGCCGGGGAGGUCAUUGAGAAGAAUGGCAGAAAGGUCAAGCUGUUCUAUGGGAUGAGCUCUGACACGGCCAUGAAGAAACAUGUCGGGGGAGUGGCAGAGUACAGAGCGUCAGAGGGCAGGACGGUGGAGGUACCGUACAGGGGGGAUGUAGAGGCCACCAUCAGGGACAUUCUGGGUGGUCUGCGCUCCACCUGCACCUACGUAGGAGCUGCCAAACUGAAGGAGCUCAGUCGCAGGACCACCUUUAUCAGAGUCACACAGCAGGCCAGCCACAUGUUCACAUAGUAGUAAAUAGACGGACGGACGGACAGACAGACAUGAUCUUUCUUGUGGCUGUUUAGCACUUCACAUCUUAAUGCCUGAUUUAAAUUGUGCUGAUUUCAUUUAAAAUGUAAAAGUGUGAAUAUACAACAAUAUUUAUGUAAAUGCAUCAGUUACUUUCCCUGUACACAGUAGACAGAAAGAGGAGAAACAGAGAGAAAUACCAACCUGGACUCAGGGGUAGACGUAACAUAGUAAACUUAUAUCCGUGACACUCCAAUUAGUAUGAUAUGUAACGUUUGGCAUGGUAUUCUUUUGUGGAUGUCCAUCUUCCAUUUCGUCGGAUAUGUUACGAAUUAUAAUUCGUACAAUAUGUUACGAAUUUUCAAAACGUAUGAUAUGUUAUGAAUUCUAAUUUGUUGAGGCUAAGGUUAUCUAGGUGUCUAGGUGGCUAACGCUAAUGUUAGCUAGGUGGCUAAUGUUAGCCAGGUUAGGGAUUAAGGUUAGGAGUUAGGUUUAAGUUAGGGUUAGGGGAUGGGUUAGCUAACAUGCUAAGUAGUUGCAAAAAAUUGGUAAGUAGUUUCAAAGUUGCUAAUUAGCUAAAAUGAUCAAAUUGUCUGUGAUGUUAUUCAAACACACAGCCUUUGUGUUGCUUGAUGUUCACGUUUUACACCUACCCAUCCACCCUGUCCAACCACCCUACUUUCGUUUUUUGUCUUAAGUAACCUUCUGUCUUAUGUAACCAUACCAAAUGUAACAUAUCAUACUAAA